GCUGCAGGCAGGGUGGUGUUUGUGUUGAAGCAAGUGGCCACACUGAGAUGAAUCUAACCCUGUUUUUCCACACAGACCUGAUCGGGACACAAGUGAGCUGCUGGACUGACGUACACUCAUGGAAAUAAGUUGAGUGUGGGCUCUGCUAUGAACCAGUGUGAGGAGACAGAGGAGGGAGCCCCCCCCUCUAAAACCACUCUGUGUGGGGAACAUGGCAGCCAGACCAGAGCUCAGAGCCCAGAGCAGCAGCAAAGACCAGACUCUCCUGGACCUGGACCCAGCUGUGUGUCCAUCAAGAGCCACCAGUCCAUGGGUUAUCCUUUAGAGUUUAAAGGACGACUUCCUUCAGAGACUCAGGUUCACCAGCUGAGACCAGACUCUCUUGGACCUGGACCCAGCUGUGUGUCCAUCAAGAGCCACCAGUCCAUGGGUUAUCCUUUAGAGUUUAAAGGACGACUUCCUUCAGAGACUCAACUUCAUCAGCAAAGCUCAGAGGUAUCCAGUGGUCACUCUGUCCAGCAGCAUUCAACAGACCUGGACUCGACAUUAAUGCAUCUUGAGGAGUUCCAAAAGGUGCUGAGUCCACAUUACCCAAAAUGCUUACAAAGGCAGAGUGAGGAUGAGGAGGUGGUGGACGGUGAGGAGGAAGAGCAGAGGAGGAGCAGCAGAGAGGCAUUUCUGAAGAUCACAAUGCACUUCCCGAGGAGAAUGAAGCAGCAGGAGCUGGCUGACUGUCUGCAGAGCAGAACUGUUGCUGCAGUUUGUCGUCGUCAACUCAAAUCUAACCUGAAGCAGAAAUAUCAGUGUGUGUUUGAGGGGAUUGCUAAAGCAGGAAACCGAACCCUUCUGAACCAGAUCUACACAGAACUCUACAUCACAGAGGGAGGGACUGCAGAUGUAAAUGAUGAACAUGAGGUCAGACUGAUUGAAGCAGCAUCCAGGAAACCAGACAGACCAGAAACAAUAAUCAAAUGUAAAGACAUCUUUAAACUCUCAGCUGGAAGAGAUGAACCAAUCAGAACAGUGAUGACAAAGGGAGUGGCUGGCAUUGGGAAAACUGUCUUAACACAGAAGUUCACUCUGGACUGGGCUGAAGACAAAGCCAACCAGGACAUACAGUUCACAUUUCCAUUCACUUUCAGAGAGCUGAAUCUGCUGAAAGAGAAAAAGUUCAGCUUGGUGGAACUUGUUCAUCACUUCUUUACUGAAACCAAAGAAGCAGGAAUCUGCAGGUUUGAAGAGUUCCAGGUUGUGUUCAUCUUUGACGGUCUUGAUGAGUGUCGACUUCCUCUGGACUUCCACAACAAUGAGGUCCUGACUGAUGUUACAGAGUCCACCUCAGUGGAUGUGCUGCUGACAAACCUCAUCAGGGGGCAACUGCUUCCCUCUGCUCACCUCUGGAUAACCACACGACCUGCAGCAGCCAAUCAGAUCCCUUCGGAGUGUGUUGACAUGGUGACAGAGGUCAGAGGCUUCACUGACCCACAGAAGGAGGAGUACUUCAGGAAGAGAUUCACAGAUGAGGAGCAGGCCAGCAGAAUCAUCUCCCACAUCAAGACAACACGAAGCCUCCACAUCAUGUGCCACAUCCCAGUCUUCUGCUGGAUCACUGCUACAGUUCUGGAGGAUGUGUUAAAGACCAGAGAGGGAGGAGAGCUGCCCAAGACCCUGACUGAGAUGUACAUCCACUUCCUGGUGGUUCAGUCCAAACUGAAGAACGUCAAGUAUGAUGGAGGAGCAGAAACUGAUCCACACUGGAAUAAAAAGAGCAGGAAGAUGAUUGUGUCUCUGGGAAAAUUGGCUUUCGAGCAGCUGCAGAAAGGCAACCUGAUCUUCUAUGAAGCAGACCUGACAAAGUGUGGCAUCGAUAUCAGAGCAGCCUCAGUGUACGCAGGAGUGUUCACACAGAUCUUUAUAGAGGAGAGUGGACUGUACCAGGACAAGGUGUUCUGCUUCAUCCAUUUGAGUGUUCAGGAGUUUCUUGCUGCUCUUCAUGUCCAUCUGACAUUCAUCAAAUCUGGUGUCAGUCUGCUGUCAAAACAACAAUCUUCCUCCUGGUGGUCUAAACUAUUUAGAGACAAACCUGAACCAACACAUUUCUACCAGAGUGCUGUGGACAAGGCCUUACAGAGUCCAAAUGGACACCUGGACUUGUUCCUCCGCUUCCUCCUGGGUCUUUCACUGCAGAACAAUCAGACUCUCCUUCAAGGUCUGGUGACACACACAGGAAGUAUCUCACAGACCAAUCAGGAAACAGUCAAGUACAUCAAGAAGAAGAUCAGUGAGAAUCUGUCUCCAGAGAGAAACCUCAAUCUGUUCCACUGUCUGAAUGAACUGAAUGAUCAUUCUCUAGUAGAGGAGAUCCAACAGUACCUGAGUUCAGGAAGUCUCUCCACAGAUAAACUGUCUCCUGCUCAGUGGUCAGCUCUGGGCUUCAUCUUACUGUCAUCAGAAAAAGAUCUGGACGUGUUUGACCUGAAGAAAUACUGUCCUUCAGAGGAGGUUCUUCUGAGGCUGCUGCCAGUGGCCAAAGCCUCUGACAAAGCUCUGCUGAGUGGCUGUAAUCUGUCAGAGAGAAGCUGUGAAGCUCUGUCCUCAGUUCUCAGCUCCCAGUCCUCUAGUCUGAGAGAGCUGGACCUGAGUAACAACGCCCUGCAGGAUUCAGGAGUGAAGCUGCUCUCUGCUGGACUGGAGAGUCCACACUGUACACUGGAGACUCUCAGGCUGUCAGGUUGUCUGAUCACAGAGGUAGGCUGUACUUCUCUGGCCUCAGCUCUGAGAUCCAACCCCUCCCAUCUGAGAGAGCUGGACCUGAGCUACAAUCAUCCAGGAGACUCAGGAGUGAAGCUGCUGUCUGCUGUACUGGAGGAUCCACACUGGAGCCUGGACACUCUCAGGGUGGAACAUGGUGGAAAGCAGAGGCUGAAACCUGGUCUGAGGAAGUAUGCCUGUGAACUCACACUGGACACAAACACAGUACACAAAAACCUCAAACUGUCUGACGACAACAGGAAGGUGACAGUAGUGACAGAGAAGCUGCCAUAUCCUGAUCAUCCAGAGAGGUUUGAUAGCUGGCCUCAGCUGCUGUGUAGAAAUGGUCUGACUGGUCGCUGUUACUGGGAGGUCGAGUGCAGAGGAAGGGUUUAUAUAUCAGUGAGUUACAGAGGAAUCAGAAGGAGAGGAGACAGUGAUGGCUGCAGGUUUGGAGGAAAUAAUCAGUCCUGGACUCUGAGGUGCUCUGAUGAUGGCGGUUACUCUGUCUGGCACAGUAACAGAAGAACAGUCUUCUCCUCCUCCUCCUCCUCCGUCUCUAACAGAGUAGCAGUGUAUGUGGACUGUCCUGCUGGCACUCUGUCCUUCUACAGAGUCUCCUCUGACACACUGAUCCACCUCCACACCUUCAACACCACAUUCACUGAACCUCUUUAUCCUGGAUUUGGCUUCUGGUUUGGCUUUCAUUGCUCAGUGUCUCUGUGUUCUCUGUAGGAGAGAGAGUCAGUCCUGUGUAGAGAAACACUCACACUGCUGACAAACACAAACGCACUUUUUGUAAGUCGACUCAAAAUUACAAGAAAACUUUUUUUUUUUUUGGUGAAUGAACUGCACGUCCAUGGUUUUAAAUACCUUGAAAUACCUUUUAAAUAUGUUUUCAUUUAGGUUUUUGGGGCGAACGUUUUCUAUACUUUUGAUUUGUUGAUUUGUCAUUAAUCACUGGAAGGUUGAAAUAUGUUUAAUUUAAAAUAAAAUCUGUAUUUGAAUGGAUAAAGAUUAGUGUCUGUGUUCCAGGGACAUAAGAACAAUGUUAAUGAGACAGUCUGAUAGUUCAGUGUUUUACCACUACACUUCCCAUCAUUCUUUGGUUGAUGAACAGUGAGGUGUGGACUAUACAAAACAAGGCGAGAAGUGAUCAAAGAAUA